UAGGAAGGGAGGAGCUUAAUCUAAGAGCAUAUUCUGCAAAUUGCAGAGCUCUGUUGUUGCAGUUGUAUGUUAUUUGUCAUCACACUGGGUGCUCUGUUCUUUCACCAACUAAUCAAAACACCAAAUGUCGUAUUUCUUGAAUGAGCUUAUCUAAGCAGCAAGAGUUUAUGGAUGUUAAUAGUGUUGUUUUUGCUGCGAGUUGCUGUUUGGGUCUGAUUUUCUAAGGAGGAAGUCAGAAGUUCAGCUUGUCUGCAAUUGAGAACAUGGGAAGACUUCUGCUGCUGCAUGUGAUUUUUCACGGCAUCCUGUUUAGUGGUACCUGGACAUGGUCAGUAACAAUGCCAGGGAGCAUUAAAGGCCUAUACGGUUCCUGCUUGGUUAUACCAUGUAGUUACUACUACGACUCAGAUCCACCUACAAACCCUUAUCGAGUAGUGUGGUUUCAGUAUAUUAGUCGUGGAUACCCUUUAGUGUAUGAUAGUUGGAACCCUGGAUCAGUGAUUGACAAGUUCAGAUGGAAAACCAGUUUAUAUGGAGACCCACACAUGAGGGACUGCAGUCUGCUGAUUGAGGACCUUAAUCUAUCCCACCAUGGAGAAAAGCUUUAUACCUGGAUAGACCCGGAAAAUGUUGGACGCAGUACUUACGCAUUCUUUGAUGUUACCAGUACGAUUUAUAUUGAAACAUCAGCACCAGCGCCCAGCAUUGACAUUUUUGGAGGAAACCAAAUUGGGCAACAGAUCACUGUUCAGUGCAGCACAUACCACACCUGCCCUCACAGAAAACCCACUCUGACUCUGAGUGGGAUAGAAGGAACACAAGACAGAUUGGAACACACUGACAUUGGAGGUGGCACCUGGAAAAUCACACUGAUACGUAAUGGGAUUGUUAAGUCUGAUAACCACAGAGUUGACUGUGUGGUCAGACAUCCCGGUGGCCUCUCGGCAUCAGCUACCAAAACGCACACUGCAACAUGUCCCAUUUACAGUCCCCAGAUUACACCUGAUUCCAGCACAGAGUUUCUUGAGGGAGUGGAAACAGACAUUAUUUGCUCAGUAAUGUACAAGUGCCCCAGAGAUCGACCUUACAUCAGAUGGAAUGGUGGACAAUUAUCUGGCAGCAUGUCUCUUGUACCAGGAGCACAACAGGAAGCUAGAUCAACAUUAAAAUACACUGCAUGGGCUACUGACCAUGGGAAAGUCAUUACCUGCCAAGUAGAAUUUAAAGCAAGUGUUCAAACAGUCGCAAUUACUUUAAAAGUGAAACGUGAUGACGCUGCCUGUAAAGAAAUACGGUGUUUUGCCAGAGAAUUUAUCAACACUGAAAGCAUUGCACAGAAUCUACUAACUAACACUGACGGCUCCCACUUGUCCAGUGUCGUCACAACAAGCAAUCACCUGGCAGCCCUAAAAUACAGGCUGCUGAAUGAUGGGUCCUUUGCCCGCUUCCACAAUGCCACACGUGGUGUGGGAGCUGAUGCUUUUCAAGCUUCAUUUGCUGUAAUUGAAGCCAUCUUGGACAAAGAAAAAGAACUAUUGAACAGGAAAACAUCUGAAUAGGUCAAAUAAAAACUAAAUUAAAAGUAAAAUGUUUUGUUGAGAGGCAAAAGUACAGCCUAAUGAAUGAGUCACAGAUUUUGAAAAAAAAAUGAAAGAUUCUAUAUUCUGUAUGAUCCAGAAAUCAUGCUUGACAUGUAUUUUUAUUUUUGAUUUGAAUAAUUUUGUUAAUGCCAGUUAAUGUUCACUGAAAAAGAAAUAAAACUGCAAUACAACAAUCUUUAUUCUGUUCUUUCACAUACACAACACAUAUAUCACUUGCUAUUCUUCAUGUUUAAAAAAAUCCUUACACUCUUCAUGUAAACAUAAAUAAAUGAAUAAAUAAAAUAAGAGAAAUGUACAUCUGGACCCGCAUUAAACAAUACAUGCAUUAAA